UACGAACAGCCCGGCCAUGUUUCUGAAACACAAACAACAAGAGAGUAGCGAAGCGGACUAGACAUCAACACGCAGCGACCGUAGGAGGAGAGGAGUGAAAUAAUAAAUAAAAUACUGAGCACGACUUCAGGAUCAGUACCAUUCUGUUGGAGGAGAACGUUUACAUGAAUACAGGAGAAACCAAUGUACACAAAUGAAUAGUAAAGAUUGUAGCUAAAUAAAUACAGCGUGUUUGUUAAAUAAACAUCGCCUCAGAAAAAAAGUGGUUUGAAGGGAGGAGGACAGGAGCCAGAGGAGUUACCUGGAGGGUCUUGGUCCAGUCACGUUUCAGUUGGAGUGACAGAACAACGAACAAAACGAGUUAGAGAGGGAGAGAAGGAGCGAGUGCAUCUGCUCCUGCCUGCUGUUCCAGCGGCCUCUUCUGCUUUGGUUUUGGCCUGUCGUUUUUUUUUUUUUUCUCCUGCGUUCGAGUGAUCGUGAUUUUUUUUUUUUUACACGUCGCAAUCAUUGCCGUUGCUAACGAGAUUGUUUUAUUUCGUUUGGGCGGCGGAUUACAAGACACUGAGGUUUUUGAUUUUAUGAAGACGUUCUUCAGCUGUGAGCAGAGGUUUUUCCUGCCUCGGGAGUUAUUCUCACACCACGCACGCACACACACACACACACCUGAAACUGGCAGCUAUCCUUCUUCCUACCAGUGUGUUUGAGGAGCUCUGUGAGCACACAUCUACAGCACCACUCAGCCUUCUACUCACCUACGCCUAUCUUCACCAGCCCCAGCCUGGUCCAGCCCAGUCCAGCCUGGUCCUCUCACCUGGACAGGAUACUCAGUUCUGUGAGGACUUGAGGAAUAUGACUGCUGAGACUCUUAACUUCGGCCCAGAAUGGCUCCGUGCACUGUCCAGUGGGGGGAGUGUGACGUCCCCCCCCCCCUCCCCCGCCAUGCCAAAGUACAAGCUGGCCGAGUACCGUUACGGCCGAGAGGAGAUGUUAGCACUUUAUAUCAAAGACGACACGGUCCCAGAGGAGAUGCAGGAUAAGGAGUUUGCUGCUAUUCUCCAAGAUGAGCCAACCCAGCCUCUGGCUCUGGUGCCUCUCACAGAGGAGGAGCAGAGGAACUUCUCCAUGUCUGUGAACAGCGUGGCCGUGCUGAGGCUCAUGGGAAAAGGAGGAGGGGCCGCGGCGCCCGCGGGCGUGGCCAGAGGCCGAGGCCCCACCAGGGGCCGAGGACGCGGCCGAGGAGAAGGUGGAUUCUACCAAAGAAGUAUUGAGGAGGCAGAGGUGGGCUUUGGCCGCGCCGCCAGAGAGAUCCACCGCUCCCAGAGCUGGGACGACAGGGGCGAGAGGCGCUUUGAGAAGGCGAGCGUGCGCGGGGGGCGCGAGGCCGUGCGCGUGGGCUUCGAGGAGGCGGGGCCGGCGGCCGCCAGGAAGGAGUACACGCGCUCCGACAGCGAUAACUGGCGCAUCCUGAGGGAGGAGCAGGAGGAGGAGGAGGAGGCCGCCGCCGCCAACGACCCCGGGGGCAGCUGGAGGCUGGCGGGGGUCCGCAGAGACGACGGGGGUCCCCGCUCGGCCGGGUGGAGGGAACACGUGGGUCCUGGGGAGGGCCGGCGCAGGAAGUUUGACUUCGACUUCCGGGAGCCUGGGGAGGGGGGCCGGCGGCGCAGCGAGGGCCCGGAGGACGAGCGGGACGGCCUGCCCGAGUGGUGCACCGACGAGGAGGACGGGGAGAUGGGCACCUUCGACGCCUCCGGGGCCUUCCUGCCCAUCUCCAAGAAGGGAGGCAAGGAGUCCAUGAUGGGGGAUCUGGAGUUCCAGGGCAUAGAGGAGGAGGAAGGCAGGGAGGAGGACGAGGAGGGAGGGGGGCAGGAGGAGGAGUGCACAGGAGACAUGGAGAGGAAUGGGAGCGCAGGGGGCGACAGGGACCAGGAGAUCAGAGAGAUUGUAUCCAGCCUGAGUGACGGCGAGGGGAAGCCCCCGUCGUUGCCCCCCUCCGCCUCUCCCCCCGCCCUCUCGGCCCCCCCAGCCCUGGGCCUGAAGAGCGGGCCCCCCCUCGCUGGCCUGGAGCCCUCCCCGCUGGCCAACAGCCACUCAGCCAAGGCCUGCACCAUGCCAAGUAAAGAGGAUGAGCCAGCAGGGGGCUCCACCCAGGCCAGCCCCCGUGCCUCCUGCGGUCUGCCUCCCCCCCCCCCCUCCUCCUCCUCCGCUGCUAGGGCCCUCCCUCCCCUGGGGGGCGACACCGAGGACGACGAGGGCAUGAAGCACCUGCAGCAGGAGGCGGAGCGUAUGGUGGCGUCCCUGCAGGACUCGUCCCUGGAGGAGGAGUGCUUCACGCAGGCGCUGCGGCAGGACAGCGGCAGGAACACGGCGGCCGCCCUGCCCCUCUCCCACGACGCCGCCAUGAAGUGGUUCUACAAGGACCCCCAGGCCGAGAUCCAGGGUCCAUUCACCACCCUGGAGAUGUGUGAGUGGUUCCAGGCGGGCUACUUCACCAUGACCCUGCUGGUGAAGCGAGGCUGCGACGAGGGCUUCCAGCCCCUGGGCGACGUCAUCAAGAUGUGGGGCCGCGUGCCUUUCGCCCCGGGCCCCUCUCCCCCGCCCCUGCUGGUCAGGCCCCCGCCGCCACGCCCCCUGCCCGCCCGCGGCCCCGCCUCCACCCUGGAUCAGGAGCGUCUGAAGAAGCAGCAGGAGCUGUCAGCAGCAGCCACUCUCUACCAGCAGCUCCAGCAGCAGCAGCUGUUCCAGCUCAUCAACAGGUGCGGAGACCAGGGUAUGAUGCCUUCGAUGAACAGGUCGAUGUCAGUGCCAGAUACAGGGUCCAUGUGGGACAUGCAUACCUCAGCUUCACAGCAGUCAGGCGGUGAAGCCAGUUUGUGGGACUUAACAAUGAAUUCUUCAACUCAGGGUCCAACUCUGGAACAGCUUCAGAAGCUCCAGCAGGAGAGGAGAGAGGCUGAACUCAGGUCGAAGCGCGAGGAGGAGGAGCAGCGCAAGCGGCGGGAGGAGAAGAGGAGGCAGCAGGAGGAGCAGAAGAUAAGGGAGGAGGAGGAGCUGUUCAGACGCAAACAGUGUCGGCAGCAGCAGGAGCUGAUCAUGAAACUGCUCCAGCAGGCCCCCCAGCAGGCCGGGGGAGGAGCAGGGGGCUCAGGUUCUGGCUCCGGCUGGAGCGGGGGGCCCACCUCUGGGCUUGCCAAGCAGGGCAAGGGCCUCAGUCUGCUGGACCUCCAGCAGCAGGAGACUGAACGCCUCCUCAAACAGCAGCAGAGGGUGCAGCAGCAACAGAGAGACCGACACCCUGGCUUGUCGAUGGGGGGCCAGUGGGGGGAGGGGAGCGUGGGGAGCCUGUGGAGCGGGGGAGUGCUGGAUGGCAAGGCAGGGGGCUCCGGGGGCAUGGGGCUGUGGGACGAGGCGGUGAAGAACCAGAGCAGCAUGAGGAGCGGAGGCCUGGGCAUGAAGAACAGCCGCAGCAGCCCCUCACUCAGCGAGCAGUACAUGCUGCGGAGGAAGCGCACGGAGGAGGAGGACAAGCUCUUGAAGCUGCUGCAGGGCAUCAAGCAGCCUCAGGACGGCUUCACCACCUGGUGUGAGCAGAUGCUGCACGCCCUCAACACCUCCGCCAACAACUCCUCCUCCGCCCUGGACGUGGCCACCAUCGUGGCCUACCUGAAGGAGGUGGAGUCUCCGUACGAGGUGCUGGACUUCAUCCGCUCCUACCUGGGCGACACCAUGGAAGCCAAAGCGUUUGCCAAGCAGUUCCUGGAGCGCCGUGCCAAACAGAAAGCCAACCACCAGAGACAGCAGCAGCAGCUGUCAAAGGAAGUGGCGGGGCUAAACAUGAACUUCCCUCUGCAGGACUCCAUGCGGGGGGUGAACCCGGCAGCGCUGCAGUCCAUGUUCCAGGCUGCCCAGAUGGGCAAGGGCGGGGUCUACGACUCCCAGGGGGGCAAGAUGAAGAAGAAACAGCCCGUGAUGCUGCACUCUGACCCCAGCAUCCUAGGGUACUCAUUCCAUAACGCCGGGGAGCGUCUGAGCCUGAAUGAGAUGGAGAUGGUGGAGGAUUACUGAAGCAACAGCAGCAGCAGCAAUAGCUACCUGAGGCCUUCUGUCUACUAAUGAGACAACCUGAUGACGAAUGUGCACUGUCGAGGG